ACGACAAGCAGAAGUGACGGCAAGUGACGGAGACUGGAUGAAAAUGAGAAUACUAUUGGGAUUGGUCGGGCGGGGAAGGUUAUCAUUAUUUUGUUUGAGUGAUUCAUUAUCAAGUAAUUUUAUACUAUUUAAUGGUUUAUCAUCAACGUGACUAACUUCAAGAAGCAUCGCACUGUCAAAGUUCUAAAACGAUGCUUGUGAUUGGGACAGACUAUGUUUUACGUGGUUUUGUGCAAAAAAUAGUGUAAUAUUGUGAAGUUGUGUGGUUAAAUAACUAAAACAUAAUGCCGUUCGAUUUUCUGUGUUGUGUGAGACCUGGUGUCGAAGAUGUCGUGGAGUUGGACUACUCACACCAGUCACUGGUUGACUUUCCCACUGAAGUUUUUGUGUACGAAAGAACACUUGAAACUCUAUUUUGUCAGAGCAAUCGAGUUACAGAACUCCCGCGCCAACUGUUUAUGUGCCAUGGCUUAAAAUAUUUGGAUCUUAGUGAUAAUGAAGUUUCAAGUUUACCUGCAGCCAUAUCUUCCCUAGUAAAUCUUCACCACUUGAAUAUUAGCAGAAAUACUUUGACAUCAAUACCAGAAAAUAUGAAAGCACUGAAGUAUCUUGCAUUCUUAGAUCUCAGUGUAAAUCCAUUGGAAAAAUUACCAGAUGCCAUAACAAAUCUAACUGCAUUACAAGAAUUAUAUCUGAAUGACACGUACCUGGAGUAUCUCCCAGGAAACUUUGGACGGUUAUCGAAUUUAAGAAUACUUGAACUAAGAGAUAAUUAUUUGAUGAUUUUACCAAAAUCAUUGUCUCGUUCUACUGAAUUACAGAGAUUAGAUAUAGGACAAAAUGAUUUCCAACAAUUUCCUGAAGUUAUUGGAAGAUUUGUUAAGCUAAGAGAACUAUGGAUAGAUAAUAAUAGCCUAACAUGCAUAACAUCUGUUAUUAAACCACUAAAAAAUUUAAUACAUUUAGAGGCAAGUAAUAAUAUGAUAGAAGAGCUUGCCCCUGAGAUUGGAUAUUGCACUCAACUGGUAGAUAUAACAUUAUCAUUAAAUAUCUUGACACAGCUCCCAGACAGCAUUGGACAGUUGUGUAACUUAUCCACAUUAAAAUUAGAUAACAAUAGAUUAUAUUCAAUACCAGAGAGUAUAGGGCAGCUGGCAAAUCUGGAAGAAUUGAUGCUCAUGUGCAAUUAUUUAGACAAAAUACCCUCGUCGGUUGGACUUUUGAGAAAACUUAAAUACUUAAAUAUAGACGAUAAUAUGUUAACAUCAAUACCUCCUGAGAUUGGGAGCUGUACAAAACUAUCUGUGUUGUCACUAAGAUCAAACAAAUUGACUAGAGUCCCUCCAGAGGUUGGCCAUUUGACUUCCUUGAGAGUGUUAAACUUGGUAAGGAAUUCAUUAAGUUGUCUUCCUCAAUCCUUGUUGAAUUGUGAUAAUUUAGUAGCCCUCUGGCUAUCAGAAAACCAAAGCAAACCUUUAGUGCCUAUGCAUUCUGAAGUAGAUCCUCAGACCUAUGAACAAGUCCUUACUUGUUUCCUCUUCCCCCAAGUGCCUUUAACCCCUAUUGAAAUGAAAAUGGAAAAUGAAAAAUCUGAAAAUGUAGAGGGUAACUCUUCUGCUCGCCACAUAAGUUUUGUUGAUAUGAAGGCAGCUCCUAAGGUUACAGAAAAACCUGGACAGUUAAGGAGGGCACCAACCCCCUACCCUAAAGAAUUGAGGGCAUUAGCAAAGCAUGCCAGAAAUAUACACAAGGAUGGGACACAAGAUGUAACACCUCCAAUGCAAAAUGCAGUACAUAUUAAAGCUGCUAAAAUAACACCUACCCUACAGCAGAGAUUUGCAUCUGAUAACAAACUGGAAAUAGAUGCUGCUGGUAAAAGUAAUGUAGGAGGUAUAAACAAGGACCCCAUGAAAACAUCUGUGUAUGAUAACCUUCCGGCAGAAAAUGCAUAUGAUAAACCUUUGGAUCUUUCAUAUGAACAGGAUAAGAGUUACAAAAGUGUAGACCAUGCUUUGUAUCCAGAGGGAACUGGUACUACCAAUGACUUUAAAGGAGAAAGUGGGGAUAGUUAUCUUUUACCACAAAGACAAUAUAGCUCAAAGCAGACUGACAAAUACAGUUCUAGACAAGAUAUGGAUAGAGCAAAUGUACCUGUACCACAGAAUUUGUACAGAGGCCAUAAAGAACACAAAAAUUAUCAAUUACAAAAUGAUAUGAACUACCGGAGCGGCUUAGACGACUCUCAUAGUAGAUUGCAGAGAUUAAGUCUUAGCUCUCAGGACAGGCAGCCAAUUAAUGAAGCUAUUCUGACAUCACACUUCAAUGAACCUGUAUAUAGUAGUAGAACUAUGAUGGAAAAUAUUCCUCCUUUUGAUCCUAUAUAUGCCAGAAAGGAUCACAUAUGCCACUCGGUAUCAGAAAAUAACUACCAUGAAAGUAUAUAUGAAAGCGACAAUUGUGCUCGUGCCAAAGAUAAGAUUUAUGGGCAGCGAAAUUAUGACGCCUAUAAUUAUCAUUCACAUGGGAAUCGUGAUUUGCCAAGUCCUAGGUUACACACUGUUAGUCAAGUGGUUAGCUCAACAACCAUGCCAAAUUUAAGUGGUUAUAGUAAUGUUUAUCCAGGUGGACCUGUAGAAAGUCAUGAUUAUACAACAGCCUUGCACCAGGCACAGCCACCAAACGCCAAUAUUUAUGGGAUGACAGCAAGCCCAACUUACGUAUCGUCACAAUCUCCUGAGUUGUAUUCCCCUACCGGGCAUACUAACACAACCAAUCCUUAUCGCAUGGCUACCACGCCUCUCAUAUCCGACGAUGGAAGUUACAGCCAUGUGCAUUCACCAACUAGCCAAAAUAUGUACGAUUUAUAUGAUGCCAUACCAGCUUCAUCUAAUCCUCCGAGUGUGGUUAACCACCGGCAUAGUCCUAGCAUUUCAGAGCCAGUUUACGGUCGAGGUCAACCUCCGCCUUAUCACAUUGCAGCUCCGUACACAAAACACGCACAGUAUUUCAAUGGAACGGGAGGAUAGUGUUCACUUAAACACGGAAAACCGCGAGGUCUUCUGAAAAUGCACUCUUGUGAACGUUAUUAGCAUUAGUAAUCGGAAAAAUAUGGUGAUUCAAUUACUGUAUUUUAACAUUGGUUUUAUGUUUUCUGCAUCUGCAUGUGCAAUUUAAAUGUGAUAUAAUUGUGUAAAAUAAUGUUGUAGUAGAAACUAAUACUAAUUUAAGGUGCUAAGGGACGAAACAUAUUUGUUGUUGGAAAAUCUAUCAAAUGAAUAUAACUAUUUUUAAAAAGGUUGAAUUUAUUCAAUUAUAAAUUAAAUAUAAUUGUCUUUUAACUCGUUAUGGUUUUAAUAAUGUAGCACGCAUUUAGAAAGUGGUAGGUACUGAUUAAGUACGACUUGUAACAACUGUGUUGUUCCAAAAAUCUAUUGUAAUUGAUUAAGUAUUUUUUAUGGCAUUCUAUCUUUUAAGUUAAUGAAAACUAACUCGAAUUUUUAAUUAUAGUCUGAAUGAAAAGUACCAGUCUUAUAUUUUUUCUGUAAAUCGUAAUGUGGAAAUACUUUACAUCCACCAUUUUCUUAAUUGUUACGGUGCUGUGCCCUAAACUAUUAAAGGGCCUAGUUUCCAGAUAGGAUACAACAAAACGUUGUUCUUAUCUAUUUUAUAUAAAGAGAAGAAAUUGUGUUGUAAAAAUGUAUGAUACCUAUAUUAUAUUUUUGUAAUUAAUCAUGUGAUACUUGUGAAUUUAUAGUUAAAAUAACUUUUUUAAUUUAUGUCGAAUAUACGAAAUACGUAUCAACCCCGCUCCAUUGUAUUCAAGACUUAUUUUAAUACACUUUGCUAUGCAGUUUUUUUAAUAUAACAAUAUUCAUCAAUUCGAUAUAAAAAUAUCGUUCACUGCAGUCAAACUAGGUGCCGAUCUAUCGCGCUUCACUGCCCACACCGGGGGCAACUUAUGUGGGGAGCUAUUCAUGUAACCCUACAAUCGAUUUGAUUUCAAUAAUUAUCCAAGAGUUUUCGAGAUAAUAUUUAAAACUUAUUCAGUUUCUUCAGACUUUCCAAGCAUGUUCUUGUUAUUAAAGGGAAUUAUAGCUGGAACUCCAUGCGUUUCGUAUGCGGCCGAUGGCUGCGUAUCAAUAGCAUUGUUUCCGAGACGUGCGACAGAUGCGUGCGGCCGACGAUAGGCAUCGAUGGUCGGCCUUAUACAUUUCUAUACUGUGUCCAUUAAUUCAUUGGGAUGGUCGCGCGCGUCUGUCGUAAGUAUCCCAUCGAGCACGCGCAUUCAGUUAUACAUUUGUUAGAUACUUUAAUAGGCAGCUACUUACCGAUUUUUUUGUCAAAAUUGAAAAAUCCUUGUUUGUGCUAAGAGUUUAGUUAGUUAUAAUACUUGCUAACAUGUGAUGGGUAUCUGUUGUUAGUAUUUUGACGUACUUGGUCAUUUAAAUAAACUGUCGCUCCGUCCACGACGUCUUUUCAAAUUCCAUAAUCCUGUCUUUUAUGGAACAGAAAGUCAAAUAGAGCAGGAAACAAGUUACUUUCUUAUUAAGUUAUGCACAAUCUAUUUAUUAACUUGUGAUUAUAAACAUUGCACAAUUUUAACUUAACUCUAAUAUGUCCUAUUUUAUACAUUUUGUAAUUGAACAAACACGAGGAUCAAAUUAACUUUUAUAAUUAUAUAUUGACUGGUAAAAUGUUCUUCACUUGAAUGACAGAAAGCAAUAUAACUAGGGUACGGAUUUUUGUCCUGCUGUUUUGUCCGACUCCCGAUAUCGGCUACGCCAUGAGAGGCUACACGAAAUACCCGCCUUUCGUUCGCGACCCCCCAAGCUGUGAGAUUUCGUAAUAAAUCCUGUUUUGGACACUCAAAAAUUUUCGCCCAUCCUAGGGCACCGUAAAGUGACAUGGAUCGAAUCACACCUACGUCUAAAGUACGAAACAAACUAUAUCAUGACCACCCAUAUUUGGCAGCAGCCAGCUGAGAAGGCGGGGCAAGCUUCAAGUUCCAUCUUCCUACAUUCUGACCUGCUUUUCCUAACUCUGAUUUUACAAAUGAAAGCUUUUUGUAGGCACUUUCUUACAUUUGCAUGCUAAGUAUUGACCGAUAAGCACUAGUGGUAUGAUUUAAUUGCUUGGUGCAGAUAAUAUGAAACGUAAUUAUUUUUAUUUAAUUUAAUACGUGUACCUACUUUAGAUAAUUAGUUAAUUAGUAUUCAGUACCUGUGACAUGUAUAAAUGAAAAUAUUUUUUUGUGUAAGUAAUUGCUCUCUACUAUUAGCUGAUAAAUAGUAUUAUCAUUAUUAUGUAUAUGAGUAGUCAAGAACAUUAUAGAAAAUAUAUAGAUUCAAAGUAAUGUGUUAUGUUACGUCUGUGAAAAUAAUAAGGCAAUUAUUGUAACUGCAAUUUUAGCUGUGUUGAGUAGGUAUUCCUGAAUCCUGUAGCUAACCAUUGUAGUUUGACAGAUAGGCUGCACAAAGCUACACAUGCCUACCACAAACUUGUUAGUUAGGGCAAUUUGCUAAGGUUUAAAUUCAUUUGUUAAUACUAUGUGUAACUUAGGUAGGUUAUGCGUAAGUGUAGUCGUUUCAGUGUUUUCCUUAGUACCCACAUUGCACAUCAACAUUAAUUACCUACACUUGUGUCAUAUUUUGUUGAAAUAGAUUAAUUAACAUUAAUUGUAUUUUAAUAAUAAAUAUAUUUAUAAAAUUAAUAUUUAACUUGGAACGAAUUCCAGUUGCGUUUUUCUAUGAAUGUUAUUGUAAGAUGGAUGACCAUGUUACUAAUCAAGAUCUUCGGAUCUUAUCAGAUCAUUUCUAUGAACCGAGCCAAUUUCAUGAAUAUAAUUUAUUUUAAUAUUAUUUACAAACAGUUGAAUACACAUUAUACUGCCAUUUCUUUAUCAUAAUUAUAAAUUGUAAUACCUAAACUGUAAAAUAUGUACGUCUUUAAAAUUAAACCGUUUUGAAUUUAACUUACAAACUGAUACAGUUCUUUCGCAAUUUCUGUAUUUAUGACGCAUUCGAACUGAAUAAAAUAUUUUUUUAUACCUGAA